AUGAUGCUUAAAUUCUUUCUCACCGUGGUACUUUGGUUUCUUUCCACUAAUCAUUGUUACUCAGCGGGUAUUUCGGACAAUAUUGUUUAUGCUGUCAAUUGUGGUGGUGAUGCUCAUACAGAUGAACAUGGAAUCAAGUAUCGUAAAGAUAAUCUCAAAGCUGGUAUAACAUCAGACUAUGGCCGAAAUAUUCCCAUUCAGCGUGUAGCAAAAGAAGAUCAAAUUAUUUAUCAAACAGAACGGUAUGAUCUAAAAUCUUUUGCAUAUGAGAUAGAAGUAACUGAUGAUGGAGAUUACGUAUUGUGGCUAAAAUUUGCCGAAGUUUGGUUUAAUUCUCCCAAUAUGAAGGUAUUUGAAGUUAUACUGAACGAUGAGCAUACAGUCAUUGAAGAUUUAGAUAUUUUCACAAAAGCUGGAAGAGCCACAGCACACGAUGAAUACGUAAGAGUUCCAUUCCAAAUUAAAAACGGACGGCUUGUUGUCAAAGGAAAAAGUACGAGUUAUAAUGGAAAAUUAAAAGUCGAGUUCCAACGGCUGGAUCGAGAUAAUCCCAAAUGUAAUGCUCUUAUAAUCUGGAAAGGAAACGUUGGACAAAUACCAAAACUGCCGCCACUACCACAACCCGAAGCUUUAGAUGAUACAUUAGAUCAGGAUGAAAAUGAAGAACCACCCUCUAUAGCAACAAAACAAAAACGUCAUUUAAAAACAUCAGGACCAAAAGUGGCCGAUCCAUACUCGGAAGAUCAAUCGAGUUCACUAAUACCAUUAUUCAUUGCUAUUGCAUGUGUUAUUCCUAUUAUAUUUUGUUUAUGUCGUUUAUAG